AUGAGCGAAAACCGUUCCAUACACAGCGACCAUAUAGCUACCGAGCCCCGAGGAGAUGAAUACUACUUCCAGAACGGGUUGCGGAAAGUCUAUCCUUACACAUUCCAAUUCAAAGUACACGCGAAGGGCAGAUGGUUCGGACGAACGCUACUCGAUGUUUUCUUGAAUGAGUUCACGACUCAAUCGGAAGAAUACUACUUGGGAGCGAUCAAAAGAGGCUGCAUUAAAGUUCACGGAGAACAUGUCGAUUUGACUUACCGGCUCAAGCCGAAUGAUUUUUUAACGAAUGAAAUACAUCGACACGAAGUCCCUGUCAUAGGAUGCCCCAUCAAAAUCAUUCACGAAGACGAAAACAUGCUCGUCUUGGAUAAACCACCGUCGAUUCCAGUUCACCCGUGUAGUCGGUAUCGGCUCAACACAGUGUUGAAAAUAUUGAGCAGGGAGCACGGGAUCAGAAAUCUCCAUACGCUGCACCGACUGGAUAGACUGACAUCCGGCGUCCUGAUGUUUGCGAAAAAUAUCGAACGAUCGCACUACAUGGAUAGGUUGUUCUGUACCAGGCGCCUCACUAAGGAGUAUUUAUGUCGUGUCCGGGGCGAGUUUCCCGACGGGCAAGUUGUUGUGAACAAGCCGAUAAAGAUUUUUUCGUUCAAAAUUGGAGUCAGUGGUGUCGGUGAAGGCGGCCGAGAUAGCACCACUAUCUUCGAGAAAUUGAGCUUUAACGGAAAAUCUAGUGUCGUCCUGGCUCGACCAAAGGAGGGAAGAAUGCAUCAGAUCCGGGUCCACCUCCAGUAUCUCGGCCACCCGAUCGUCAGAGAUCCUCUGUAUAACGACGAGGCGUUUGGCCCGAACAGAGCCAAAGGCGGCCUGACUGAGAGAACCCCGGAUCAGGUCGUUGCCCUUCUGCUGAAGAACCAUAUUCUGGAGAAGUGGCAGACACCGAUGACUGAGGAGGAGCUCCGAGAUCGGGGGACGAACCUUAGAAAUCAAGAACGAAACACUUCAGCAAUCCCCGUGACUCGCAGCAUUCCCAUUGCAGUCGAAGUUCAUCUCAUGCCUUUCGACGUGAUCGUGAGACCAAUACCGUCUGUCUUGGACGAAGCCAAAGUGAAUUCAUUGAUAGAAACACUGAAGGAUCCCCGAAAAGAGCACGAGGUUCCUCCCAUAGACGUUCUCUGGAUCAAAGGUCGAGAUGGAGGUGAUUACUAUUAUUCUUUUGGCGGUUGUCAUCGCUACGAGGCCUUACGGAGGCUCGGACGGCCGAUAGUGAAAGCGAAGAUCUUCAAAUCGACGUUGGACGAUUUACGCACCUACUUGGGAGAGAGCACGCCGGACCUGAGGUGA